UACAUCUCCUUUAUCUCUUUUAAAUCCCACCUGCAACAUCAAAAGAAACUUCAUUUUUUCCUACAAAUAGAGCACUUCACAAUACAUGCUCCUCCUUUCCCCUUCUCUCUCGAAUAUACAUACAGACACACACACUUCACAACAAACAUCAGCUACACCAUGGAUCCCCUCUCUCCCUCUCGAGCUCAGUUCAGGCCAAACACCGGCCGGUGCCGGCCGUGACCUCCGACAACCACACCACGCACACCAAGCAGCCCCCCCCCUCUGAUGAAUCGAGCUCCGGUCGACUCACGGAGGUCCGACGAUGUUCUCCGACGGCAGCGCCGUCGAUUAGCGGCGGCUCCGCCGUUACGGUGGCAGUAAUGGUGGUUCUGAUAACAUUCCGACGACAACAUAUGGCUCCGAUGAGGAUGAUGAUGUCGAAGAGGUUGAAGAUGGUGAUGUUGAUGUCGAUGAUGGUUGAUGAUGACGUGAUUUCUCCGGUAGGUUUCACGGCAGCGAUGGCAGCCGUCUUCACCCGACAAACUUCGUGGGCAAGAUGGCCAGAUUCACAUUCGGGUACACGGAUCAACAUUUGGGUCCGGUCAACUUUGGUCAACGGCGCAGGUUCAAGUCUCGUUCUGGGUCAAAGGCAGUCAACGGGUCAACGGUUCGACGUUCGGGUCAGAUUUCGGGUCCGGGUCGAGUCGGUCAUACCCGAGUCAACUAGCUCAAAUCAGUCAAAGCGAGUCAACUCAGUUGACUCGGUCAACUCAGUCAACGCAAGUGCGGUAAAGUUUUUAAGCGACGCGAAAUCUCAAAUUAUAUAGUUAUAGAUUUUAUAUUUAUACGCGACCGAGCUCGAACCGAAUGCAUUUAGUGAAUUAUUUUCAUUUUUGAC